GUUUGGAAAUAUUUGAGAAGCUUUCAGUAACUGUGUUUUUUUGAAUUCAAACGUGGAAAAGCUUCAUUUGCCGUUGCUAUAAUAUGAGUGACAGCAAAGUUUAUGGCAAGCUCUAGAAAGGUCACUCCCAUGCCAGUGGAUGAAGUCAUGCCUUGUUUUGCAUUUUGUGUGGUGAUGAAUGAAGUGUUUUGAGUGAUUUCUCGUGGAAAAUACACGAGAAAAUAGAUAGAAAUAUAUCCCAGUUGAUUUGUAUGUACAUCCUUUCAUAGACUCUUGUUAUAUUUUAUCAAAAUCAUUGCAUUUUAGUUGGAUUUAACAGUGAAAAUGAGUUCGAGAAAUGAGGGAUUGCGUGAGAGAUUAGGAAGUUACAAAGCUUAUGUCUCAAAAGUUACAAUAAAUGGUCUUGAGAGGACCAAGGAUGACUAUGUGCAUAAUAUUCUAAAAGAUUGUUUUGAAAUAACAAAUGUCCGGGACUUGGUGGAGAAAGUUAAAGAUGUCCGGGAGACUCUAUUGCAAAUUGGGGCUUUUAAAGAAAUCAAGGCUAAGAUUGAUGUGACUCCAAACACAAAGUAUGGGUACAUUGUGGAUUUCUAUGGGGUUGAACAGAGCCGGAUAAAGGGGAAUAUAUCAACGGAAAUGAAUCAGUACGAAAUGGUGUCCAAGGCAGAGAUUCUCCUUCCCAAUCUCUUUGGUCGUGGAGAGAGUCUCAGUUUUGACUAUGCCUACAGCAAUAGUGACAAUAGUCGUCGCAAUUUGGGAUUCAACGUUAAACUCCUAAAACCCUUUCUUCAUAGAAAAUACAUUGGGAAAUAUCGCCCACAAACAUUUCUGCAUUUAUUCGAUAACACAUCUAAGAGCUACAAUAACUCCUACAACAAUCACACUGCCGGAGGUACCCUCAAUUUAGUAUUUAACACAUCGAAUCAUCUUCAGCACACCUUGCAGUAUGAGCUCUCUUUCCGGGAAUUGGCGGGCAUCAACCGACAAGUGCCCCUAUUUGUAAGACAACAUUUUGGACCCAGACUGGCCUCGAUCGUCCGCUACAUCAUGAAAUAUGAUGAUCGCACAGAUCGCAUCUUCCCCAGAAGUGGUACAAUGCUAUGGACUACGCUCGAGAGCAGUAUUUUCCGAAAAGUCGGCGAUAUCCAUUACAUGUCGAUAACGUCACACUUGGAGAGGAAUUUGCCCCUGUUCUGGAAUAUGUCACUCCAAAUGACUGCCCGUGGGGGCUUCAUGCGUGAAUUGAGCCCUGAGAAACCCAUCCCCAUCAACAGUCUCUUCACUAUGGGAGGUCCAUAUUCACUGAGAGGCUUCGAAUUUGGGGGUGUUGGGCCACAAAUUGAGGGACAUGCUCCGGGGACACAUAUGUUCUGGGCAACUGGUCUUCAUCUCUGGGCACCACUUCCCUACAGCAGUUACUUUUACAGAUUCGCCCGAUUCUUCCGGACGCAUUUAUUCUUCAACUGUGGAAAUGUGGAUUCUAAUCUUGAUACAAUGAGAAGUGCUGCCGGAAUUGGGUUAGCCGUGGCAUUAGCUCAAUUUGUUCGAAUUGAGUUGAAUUUUACGCGUCCCAUUCACAGACAAAAAGGCGAUCAAGUGGCAAAGGAUGUUUCUUUCUGCCUUGGACUCGAUUUCAUCUGAAUCACACAAAAUUUUACAGGUGAAAUGUGACAAAGUGUUAGAGCAAGAAUUUGUCAAUGUGUCUUAAAAAAAAGAUUGUUGCAAAUGAAGCUUUUCAUAAAGUUCCAUAAA